AUGUGUGAAACCAAGAACUUGUAUUUAUGGCUUCUCCAAGUUGUAGCCCUCCUGGGUAUCCUAGCCUUAUGUCUAUGGCUAAUCCUACGUCCCAGACCCCCCCAAUACACCAUUGUUGACUUCUCCAUCCCACAGUCCUCGUUAGUCAAUAAGGAGGGUCAAAACGGCACCAUUUUAUACAAUCUUGAAAUUGAGAAUCCAAACACAGACUCCACUGUAUACUAUGAUGACAUUUUUCUCACAUUUUAUUUUGGGCAGGACACAGUGGGAGAGAAAAGAAUACCUGCUUUCCAUCAAGGUGGGAAAAGAACUCGUCAAAUAAUUGAUUAUGUGGAUGGCAAUCGAAGAGUGUGGAAAUCUGUUCUCAAUGCAUUAAUAUCGAAUGCAAAAGCAGAAUUGAAGGUGGGUUUACUGACUAGGAUUCGAUAUAAGACGUGGGGGAAGAAGAGUAAGCAUCAUAAAUUAGACUUGCAAGGUCUUCUACAAGUUGGCAAGGAUGGGAAGAUUUCAGGCAAGAAGAAGAAGAAUAAGCUGCACCCUACUUCCAAGAAAUGGAGGAGGUAG